GCAGCAGCACUUGUAGAAUGGAAAUGUCCUCAGAGGAAGCAAAAGUAUGUGAAGCUAAGAGAAAGUUGUGGAAAGCAGUAUGCGAAAGAAGUUACAAAUGCUCCAGAGGAUGUUUGGGCUAUAAUUAAUCUUUAUUGGUCAAGUAUCCCAAUGUGUUUACUGGUUAAUGAACACCUCAAACUGCUGGCCUGAAAGUUUCCAGAAGGCAAGUUUCUCAAAGCCAUUGUAAACUGCUGCACUCAGAAUUAAAGGUGUUUAGCCACAAUAUUUAUAUAUAAACUGGUGAAAUACAAGGCAGGUUCAUUGGAUAGCUAAACAUGGGGGAAGAGAUCUAAAGUCCACUUCUUAAAAGUUGAAAAGGUAUUUGAUUAUUUUUGAAGGGAAAAAAGAUCUGAAAAAAGGGCAAAUAACGUGCAUAAAAUUUACAUAAUUCUGUGGUAAGACUAUUGCCUAAGCACGGUAUUUUGCAA